AUGUCGGGGGAAGCCAGAAUCCGUAGCAGUUCUGUGAACGGGGCUCGGAGGGCUAGUGAAGCUGCGUAUGCAAGCGAGGCGGUGUCGUGGCGCAUGCGCCGCCAGGAGCGCGUGGGCUGGGUAGCGGGGCCCUUGGGCUCCUCUAGGAAUGGAGCCUGCAAGCCGAGGGCAGCUUCGCCUUUGGCGACUCCGCGUGGGGCCGCGGGGGCGGGUUGGGAUGCAUUCCCAGAGGCUCAAUAUUUAUACGGCCGGCUCUCGGGCGCAGCAGACCUGGAGGAGCUGGAGCUGGAGCGCGGCGGGGCCCCGGCCCCGGCCGGACAGCGGCUCCUUCCCGCGGGGCUCUCCGAGGCUGGGGAAGUGCUGGGGACGGACGCCAAGGUGUACGUAGUCGGUGGCGACGGCGGGAGAUGCGGGGCCGGUAACGUGUUCCGCUGGUUCACUUCCAUUGUGCUGUACGCUGCCUUCCUGGGGCUGGGUCUGAGUGUUGCUAUAGUAGGACCCACAUUUCAAGACUUGGCUGUAAAUGUGAACCGCAACAUCAGUGAUAUUUCUUAUAUUUUUGUGGGCCGUGCAUGUGGAUAUCUAGGUGGUUCUGUGAUAGGUGGAUUUCUCUUUGACUCUGUGAAUCAUAAUUUAAUUUUGGGAUUAUCAAUGCUGGGGACAUCUAUUGGUCUCUAUCUUGUCCCCUUUUGCAAGAAAGCAAUAUUACUGGUUGUUAUGAUGGCAGUCUUUGGAAUUUCUACUGGAAUUUUAGACACAGGUGGCAAUGUCCUCAUCCUGAAUUUAUGGAGGGGUGAAGCAGCCCCCCAUCUACAGGCCCUGCACUUUACUUUUGCCUUGGGGGCCUUUUUGGCCCCCUUGCUGGCCAAGUUGGCCUUGGGCAGCACUGUGUUCUCUGACCACCAUGGGACAGCUGGCGUGGCAAACUACUCAGAGCUCCCACAGCCCCCUGCAGCCAACUUAGAUGCCAUCUUUGGAAUACCUGCUAAUAAGAGUUUGCUGUGGACUUACGCUGUUAUAGGAACUUAUAUCUUGAUAAUGUUUUUCUUCUUUGUUGUUUUAUUUUUCCAAAAAAAUCCGAUUCAAGAGAAAACAAAAGCAGCUACUGAGAGAUUUCGAACUGCGAAAUACCAGAAUGUCCUUAUUGGUCUCCUUUUUAUAUUCUUCUUUUUUUACGUAGGAGCAGAAGUCACCUAUGGCUCUUACGUUUUCUCUUUUGCAACACUCCACGCUGGCAUGAGUGAAAGCCAGGGGGCGGGCUUGAACUCUGCCUUCUGGGGAUCGUUUGCGGCCUGCAGGGGAAUGGCGAUCAUUUUUGCCUCAUAUCUGCAGCCUGGGACCAUGAUUGUACUGAGCAAUGUGGGCAGCUUGCUUUCCUCUCUGGUUCUCGUGAUUUUUGAUAAGAACCACAUUUGUCUUUGGGUGGCUACUGUGAUGUACGGGGCUUCAAUGGCCACCACAUUUCCUAGUGGCUUUUCUUGGCUUGAACAGUACGUGACUAUUAAAGGCAAAUAUGCUGCUAUGUUUGUAAUUGGUGCUGCCCUGGGAGAAAUGGUCAUUCCCGUGGUGGUUGGCUCUCUCCAAGGAAAGUACCCUCAUCUUCCUGGGGUUCUGUAUGUUUCACUGGGGUCAGCUAUUGCAACAGGAGUUUUGUUUCCUAUCAUGUACAAGCUGGCCACAGUGUCUGUUGAUAGUAAGAUUCAGGAAAGCAGGAAGAGUGAAGACCAGAAAGCUCUCCUGGCUCCCUCAGGAUGUAAUGAUGACGAUGAGGAUGAUUACGGAGAAGAGGAUGCUGAAGAAGAAUGGAACAAAGUCGACUUUGAAAUGAUUGAAAUGAACAAUACAGUGAGAAAUUCAGUAAUAGAGACAUCCAGAAAAAUUUUGAGCGAAUCUCGCACAGAACUCUCUAAACAGUUAUUAUCAAAUGACGUACCAUUUAGUUCUUCUCUGGUUGUUCCUGGUAACUCCACCGUGAAGCCCCUCAGCCUUGACAGGGAAAAAAAUGACUAAUAGUAAAAGACGAAUUGGUUGUUGAUUUGUUGUAACAACCAUUGACUCUAAGGAGGCAGAUCAGAGUAGAUCAUUAACAUUGUCAAAUACAUGUUAGGGCUUGACACUUCCAGCUCUGAUUACAACAAAUGAAAAAUUCUGGUGUUUCAUGUCAGUCUAGAGUCUUUGACAAUGAAAGAAGGUCAAGUAUGGUCAGGUGUAAGUGACUUUAGCAUAAAGUAAUCUCCUCCAUGCAGAAUAUACUAAUUAGGCAUAUUUAAGAAAUUUCUUACUAGCAUGAAUCAUUUAAAAGUGAUUAAAGAGUAGCAUAAUUACCAAAAUUCAGGAAACUAUUGGUAGAAUUGGUAAAUAGCCAACUCUAGUUGGUAUGAAUUGAUAAAACUUUGUGAAAGAAUCGACUUUUUGCCUCAGAAAACUUCUAAAUAGACACUUCUAUUUAAUUUGGUUCAAAUGCUGGUGAUAGGUUCUGGUUUCUGACUCAAAAUACAUUUCCAACAAUAUUAUGUUGUAAUGGAAAGGAUCCUGCAUUGAGAGUCAGGAGACUUUGGCUCCAAUUAUAACUUGUAGCAAAUUAGCUCCAUGAUCUUGCCUAAAUCACUUAAUUUCUCUCAUUCUUAGUUUUUUUACUUAUAAAAAUGAGAAUGUCUGAUUUUGAUCGCUAAGGUCUAAAAUUCUUUGUAUGGUAAUGAGAUAUUCUCCAAAAGAGUAUUAUACACUAAUUUUAGUUAUGCAAAUUGUCAGUAAGGACCUUAAGGAGUAGUGGAAAGAAGAGAGAGAUGACAAAAUCAUUUUAAGACUGUACUUUUAAUAACGAAUUUGGUGGCUUGAAAGUUUCACAGAUUUUAAUGUUUAAUACUUUUGAGUUGUCUAAUGAGGACAUCCUAUAACUAACUCAGCUGUCAAGAAGUUUAUACUGUUGACAAUUACAUUUAAAAGAAAAAAAAGCUACUGAAAAAUCAGUAAUUUAUUUUUCUAUGCUAAUUAUUUUUCUUUGAAUUUGAAGGGAGAAUUUGCAUAUCUAAAUUUUUGCAUUUAAAAAGUAGCUUAGUAUAAGAAAGGACCCUUCCAAAGGCUCAUUAGUUAGUUCUGCUACAAUUUUGUUUCUAUGCUUUGCAAGUCUAGAAGCUCAGUUAUAUUUCUGUGUACCUAGGUUUUGGUUGAUAAUCACAUUCAUAAGAGGCUGAGCUAUCAAUCUAGAAUGCCAAUUCAAUUAGAAUAAGGGAUUUGCCUUUGAAGCCUUAUAUUCCUGAUGCCUUUCCAAGGCUAGCCUCUUCCUGUUGUUGCAUACCCAGAAAACCAGAUGAAAUUUUAGAAUGCUACUCAGUGACUCUGGGGUCCAUGAAGAAGAAAUAGAGCAUUUUUCAAAGGCUGUUUUCAUAUAUAUAAAAUAGAAAACUUGAUAAGUUUUCCUUCACAGUGGAUAGUCUGGAGAAUCCUACAUUAUUGACUUCAUUUAAAGUGUGCCUUUUCAUGAACAUUAUGGUUUUUCCCUAACUGACCACACUUUCGAAUUCUCUAUUUCUGCCUUAGUACAACAUGCCUUUCUUUCAUCUAAUUCCUGUGCUUCUGAGUGGUGUACCUGUGCUGACUUCACAGUGAACUACUGGUGUCUAGCGCUCCAAUAUGUAUCCCUUUUAUCAUCUUACCUUGUUUCUAAAGCAGACCAGCCUUUGAUCCUCUGAAAGUUUUUACUUGUUGGCUACGUCAGGCUACAUUAAAACCUUAAUCUUAGGCAAAGAGUGAUGAAAAGUAUAAAAGGGAAGAAAGACUGUCCUAUGCUUUUUAUAAUUAUCCUUGUCCCCGAGCUAAACCUCCAAGUUUACAGAUACCUCAUUUGCUCCUCGGUCCACAAACUGGCGUAUGGGGUAUCAGGGUAAAGCAGUAAUUAUAUCAGCAGCUGAGUGGAAAGGGUUAGACUGAGCUGGAAAAUGGCAUUUAUCAUACCUUUUUCGUAUCUCCUCUCAGAGGAUGAAUGGCAUGGUUGUCUGUGGCCCAGGAAGAGAUGGGGAAAAACAAGAUAACAGGAAAAUAUAGAAAAUACAUAGAAUCUCCUGAAAAGAUACUUACCAUCAUAGGCUACAUUUUGGGUAGCCAUGGUAGUUUUAUAUAUAUCCAGAUCUAGAUUGUAUUUUUCAUAUUGUUAAAAGAAGAAUUGAAACUAUAUAGCUAGAACUAGAUUGUAUUUUUCAUAUUAUCAAGAGAAGAACUGAAAUUUAGAUUACUAGGAAUUCAUGGUGAUAUUAAGAUCACUUCUCUGGGAAAUGGAUAGUGAUACCCAACAUCUGUAUAAUCAAAAGCUUAAGCAAUUUAGGUAUUCAGGGUGCUUAAGAGAGUUGAAGAUUGUAUUGAAUGAAAAAAAAAAUAAACUGUGAUGUAAUAAAUACUUAUUAAGCACUUAAGAGCUGUACUUCUGUCACCCUCCAUUUCCCCAAAAGAAGUCAGUUCAAGAGUUACUGUGAAGGAUUUCUCUAUCCUGAAAAUAAACCUCUCCUCCCUCCCCAUUUAGUUUUUUUCUUUUAGUUAAGUGAUCCUAAAGCAUUAAUAAAAAGAUAAUUUUAUUACCAAUUUUGGUAAAUACAAAGUUACCAGUUGAUGUAAUUUAAAAACCUGUUGCCUUAAAAAGUACAUUUACAGUUAACCUAUUAUUUAAGAACUGUUAAACAUAUGUCUUAAACAUCUAAUCAAAUUUUAGUUUUGAAAUUUCAAACUUUUUCAUGGACUUCUGAAUAGUGUGAAGUUGGCAGAAAUUGUAUUUUUCUGAAGUUUAUUCUGUUUAAAGUAAUUAGAGAUUCUUAUUUAGAAUGUGCUGGUACUAUAGUUGAUUGUCUGGAUUGAAAGAUUUGUGGAUCCUAUAUUAAAAAAACAAAAGACAAUCGUCCACCUAAACCAAAAGCAUACCACUUGUAAUUGGAAAAAAGUUGUAAUUGCACAUUCCUAAGAUAAAAGUGCUAGAAGUUCAGAUCUUUAUAUUUCAUUUUUGCCAGAGGCAUUAUCUUUGCCAGAGGCAUUAUGCUAAAUACAUGAAUUAAGAAAUUUCAUUUAACCAGAACAAGCCCAUAUGCUAGCCAUGAUCUCUAAACAGGGUUAUUUGUAACAUAGCUCUUUAAAAAGUGCAUAAUGGAGCUUAUCGUAUCCCUUUCUGAGAUGCUGCACCCGCAGGGUUUCUUUGAUCUCAGUUUACUCUUUUAGUAUAAUUGCCUAUGUAAUUUAAUUGAAUUAGAAAUUUCCCUGUUAAUCUCCACCCUGUCUCAUCCCCUCUCCCCCAAAACCAUUUAUCCUGUAAUGCUGUAUAUGUUUGGGAAAAUUUGCAAGUUCCUUAAGAUAAAUUAGCUUUGGAAAAUUACUGGUCCUUUGCUGCUUAUUAGCAUUAAAGUAAAUACCUUCAAUUUCACUUAGUUGUUUUUUCCCCCCAGAAAGUUACACAGAGUACUAACUUACAUUAUUUCUCUCAUUUAUCAACAAGGAACAAAUAUACCCAUUUUCCAAAUAGAAAGGCAAAAUCAGAGAAAAAGGACAAUUCUAGCCAGUUCGUUUGGAAGAUAGGAGAGAUAUGAUGAAAGGGAAUGAUAUCUACUUUGUCUCUUUUCCUUUGAAAUUCAGAGUCCUAGGAAAUCACCAACCUUGUGGGAUACUCUGUUAUUUUCAGAGUAUUUUCAAAAAUUUUCCUAAACUUUUCCCUAAAUGAGUGUCAGGUGUUGAGACCCUUCUGAACCCCAUUCAGAUGAAUAUUUUGAAAUUAAUGGUUACAGGCUAGAGAGACUAUAACCUCUUAAGUAUUCCCUACCCCUUCUCCACGAGUGUGAGGAUGUUUACACUCAUCUGAAUGGAAUUUAGAUUCAGUAUAGAAAACUUUACAUUUUUUGUAAGUGCUAUAAUUUUGUGGGGUUUGUUAACUGGGACUCAUUUCUUAUUACAAAUAGUGCUGGGGUUUUUGUGGAUUAUUAUUGAAUCAGAUUUAAAUGGUAAACUUGUUAGGAUUUUUUAAUCAAAUAUACCUGUGUUAUCAUUAUUUGCUUGAGUGUUUUACCUCUCAUUACCAAAGUGAGCAUCUGUGUACUUUUAAAAUUUGAAACAUUUAUAAGUGAGCUCAUUUGAAUUUUUUUCCCAUUUUGCAUUUCCUGACACUGAUCAAAUUUAUCUGUUAACAUAAAAAUUGUAUAAGAGGUCAUGAACUUUAAUAGUGUUUUCUAAAAUGAAGCAAAUGACUAGAAUUUGGAGAAGUAAUUUUAGAAUAAUUUUACAUUUGAUCUUUCUCCCCCUGGUUUUCCAUUUUCACAUUUCUUUUGAGAAAACAUUAGCCUGUUCUUAAAAAUUACAGAAACUUUUUUUCCCCCUAGGCAAUUGGGGUUAAGUGACUUGCUCAAAGUCACACAGCUAGUAAGUGUUUAAGUGUCUGAGUAGAGAUUUGAACUCAGUUCUUCCUGACUCUAGGAAUUGUGCUCUUUCCACUGCACCACCUAGCUGCCCCCAGAAAUCGUAUUUUUCAAAAAUUAAAAUUGAUUUCUUUCAGUUGUGAAGCAUUUUUUCCAAACCCCAAGCACCACACUUGGGGAAAAAACCAAACCAAAUCUUUGUUAAUAAGCAUAGUCAAAACAAAUUCCCAAAUGUGUGUUUUGGUCUAUAUACUAGUGGAUCCUCUUUGUUGGGAGAGUGGUUCCAUCACUGAGCCUCUGAAAUGGUAGUUGGUUAUAAUCAGUCAGGGUUUUUAAGUCUUUCAAAAUUGUUUUUACAGUGUUGAUAUUAUUGUAUAAAUUAGCAGCCUUGUUACUAAUGAAAGCAAAGUACAUUGGAUUUAAGGAAAAGAAAUUUAACAAUAAUUUCGCCUGAAUGAUACACAAUAUACAUGUACAUAUUUAUGUAUAUGUGUGUACAUAUAUAUGUAUAACCCAUAAAUAGAUAUAGUGUGUCAUAUGUAUUAUGUGAUUUCUGGAGGGCCUUGUACAAGCCCUUUAAUUACUUCCUACCUCACUCAGCCUCUAUGUGUAGUGAAUGUUGAGCUCUUCCAAUGAAAGUGCAUCUCUAGCAGCCUUGUUAUAGUUUCUUUUCUCCAGGUAGUGGAAUUCACUUAAUUUUUAAUAUAGACAUCUGAUCAUUCAAACAAUCUAAUUCAGAAUCCUUUUUUUGGACAUUAGCAUUUUGAAUAAUUGAGUUUUCAUUGCAUUCUUCAUUACCUAAUUGAGAAAAAAUUGUACUAAAUUACAAAAAACUGGACUAAGUAUUUUUUAAAAUUUUAAUUUAAUUUAAUUUUAUUUUUUUUUUUUGCUGAGGCAAUUGGGCUUAAGUGACUUGCCCAAAGUCACACAGCCAGGAAGUAUUGUGUCUGAAGUCAGAUUUGAACUCGGGUCUUCCUGCCUUCAGUCCCAUGUACUAAAGAGGUAGUGCUCUAUCCAUUACAUCAAUUAGCUUCCACUACAUCAAUUAGCUGCCUGGUAUCUUUUUUUUUUUUUUUUUACUUUAAUUUAUAAAGAAACUGCUUGUUUACUGAGAAACAUGCAACCUGCCCUAAUGUUCUCAACCAGAUUGCAAUUUAAAUAUAUUGAAGUUAAUGGAAUUCAGCUUUUCAUUUAGUAACCUUUAGAAAUAGACUAUCAUCUUUAGAAGGUUGUAAUUUUGUAGUAUGUUUGAUAAUCAGUACUAUUUUGCUAAAUGUCUUAAGUUUUUGAAAGUUUCUUUCAGAUUUCUUUUCCCCCUGAGAUCAAUUUAAAUUUGUCUCCCCAUAUAUCUUCCCAUAUAGGUUUUGGCCAUACUGUUUUUAAAGUCUGCAGUGUGAUACCCCUUUCCUGCCAGUGGCUUACAAUGGAUAUGUUAUUUUACUGUUGUUCCUUUAAGUUUAUUAUUCUUUUAAAAGAAAUUUGGGCUCAUGAUCUCUAAAAGGAGUUCUUCUCCCCUUUAAUGCCAUUUGGUUGUGACUGAAUGGGGGGAACAUGCAUAAGCAUUGAGGUUUGCUGGGUGAAGUAAGUGAUCCUAAAGUCAGACUCUUUAAUAUCUAAACAAAUAGUAGAGCUUAUGUAGUUCUGGCUUUUGAACAUUUUGCUUUUAUUUUUUGUAAUCAAGCUUUUUUCUUCCUAUAGAAAUUUGAUUUCAAGGGAAGGGUACAAGAAAGGGGAAGGGAUUCAAAGGGAGGAGGGAGAGAUACUAAAGAGGGAGAAUUGCAUGAUGUAAGUGGGACCAAUAAGUUUAAUACUAGAGAAGAAGGGAAGGAGGGCAAGAAAAAGAAAAGUAUAAUCUGGGGAUAUUGGGAUGGCAGAAAAUACAGAAUUAGUAAUUUUAACCAUAAAUGUGAAUGGGAUGAACUCUCCCAUAAAGAGGAGGCAGAUAGCAGACUGGAUCAAAAGUCAGAACCCUACAAUAUGUUGUUUACAGAAAACACAUUUAAAACAGGGAGAUACAUACAGAGUAAAGGUAAAAGGCUGGAAUAGAAUCUAUUAUGCUUCAGGUGAAAUCAAAAAAGCAGGGUUAGCCAUCCUUAUCUCAGAUCAAGCAAAAGCAAAGGUUGAUCUAAUUAAAAGAGAUAAGGAAGGAAACUAUAUCUUACUAAAGGGUACUAUAGACAAUGAAGCAAUAUCAGUAUUAAACAUAUAUGCACCAAGUGGUAUAUAAAGGAGAAGUUAAGAGAGUUGCGAGAAGAAAUAGACAGCAAAACUAUAAUAGUGGGAGAUCUCAAUCUUGCACUCUCAGAUUUAGAGAAAUCAAAUCACAAAACAAAUAAGAAAGAAAUUAAAGCGGUAAAUAGAAUAUUAGAAAAAUUAAGUAUGAUAGAUCUCUGGAGAAAACUGAAUGGUGAUAGAAAUUUGAUUUCAACAGAUUACUAUAUUGAGACAAAAUUAUUCCUAAACAAUUUUCAACUGAUUUCUGCUCAUUAAUAUUUCAUGUAAAUUUUCAAUGUAUAAGUUGGAGUACAACUUAGAACAAAGAACAAUAAUGUUUGUUUUCUUAUUUGUAGAAUUCAGCAGUUUGGAAUAGAUUCUCUCUGAAGACUCUUUUAGUUCUAAAUUUAUGUACUGAUAAGCACUUUUUUAAAGAGACUUGGUUAUCCUGUGACUAUAUUCCCAAAGGAGAUGUAUUGAUUCACUUGAAUUAAUGUGAUAUGAGUUUAUUCUGUCCCUUCUUAUACAUGAUGUAAAAUAUCUGAUCUUACUAUAGUUGGUGGUUCUGCCAUCUUGUGUUUUGGAAUUUUAAUUAUGAUGUUCCACAGAAUAGUGGAUAAGUUAUUGCUAAGCAGAAUUAAGGAAAGCAGCAUCAGAAGUCUGGGGUGUUCUAUGGAUUUUAUUUAUUGCAUAUUUUUACCAAUUUCAUUGAAGUCCUUCUGGGAUAUACCACCUUGAUUUCAUUGGAUAUCAUAGGUAAUGAAUGCCCUUUGCUAGGAUUUGAUUUCCUCUGAGAAAAGAUGUUCUCUCCAGACAGGAUGUCAUAUCCUGUGGCAUUUGCCCAUCAAUGAUACAGAAGAAAUCCUAAUUUGUAAUAGAUGUGUUGAGAACUAAAGUUGUUAUAGCACUAAAAGAUUUUAAGUCCUAGUCAAUAAUCCUUUUCCCCUCCCCCUAAACAAAAUAUAUGACAAUAUUCCAAUAAUAAUAAAAGAUCCUGCACAGUUUUUGGGGAGUUUACUAUAAUAGGAUUUAACCUAUUCUACAAAAGCUAGUCAGGAAAAUGAGUGACUUUGUGCCAUGUGUUUGUGUGAAGAUGUUUUUCCCUCUUUGUACAGUCUUGAUGUGACAUUACAAUGCCACUUUGUACAAUGCUUUUUGAUGUUAAUAUAGUGAAAUCCACAUUCUUUACAAUAGUAGAUGCUUUGAAAGCUGGCUUUUGCAUACAAUAUUGUUAAUAGGUCUAAGAUGCAUCUGUGGGUGAAUGACACGGAUUGCAGGAAUAUUCUCUGCACACAUAUUCCUAUUUUAUUAAACUGGGUUCUUGCUGACUCUAGGGCUGGUGCUCUUUCCACAGCAUCACCUAGCUGCCCCUGGAAACCUCAUUUUUCAAAAAAAAAAAAAAAAGAACUAUAAAAACCUAUUAAGAUUUUAUUGCAUUCACUUUUUAAAAUUCUUUUCAGUAGAUAGAGGAGGGAAUGAGUGUGAUUGAUUGGAUUUAUUACAUUUGCCUUUGAUUAAUGUGUUUUGACUUUGUAUAAUUGUGAAUAUUUAUUGUAAUAAAAUAUUGGCUCAGGUGAAA